CGGGCAGCUCCCGGCCUAGACAGGUUUUGUUUAGCCGCUUAGCGCGACUUUUUGUCCAGUAUCGAAUUGAAGCAGCGCCUGUUCUCCCACGAUUCUGUCUAUUCGUUAAUUGCACAAAGAGGUUGCAAUUGCUGCAUCCGCUGGCUCCUUGUGCAAGAGUCGAAGCCGACUCCAGGAGUCCCCCUUAUUCCCGCCCGCUAUCCAUGAAAAAGUCUGCUUGAUACAACACAAUCACGCAGACUAGACCCGGGACUCGAAGCAUGCGAUGAGCGCAACCCCGCGACUCAGGUCUGCCUUUCCACAGACCCCCCAAACGCGUCGAAAGAGACAAGAUGACGACACUCCGGUUAAAGCUGUGGCGCGUCCGGUGAAGGAGCUAAAAUCGCUUCCAACGCCCUCCUCACAUAAGGAUGCUCCUCUAAUACCGUUCGAGGUCAUCGAUGCUCCUUCGCAGAGACUUUAUGUGGUAGCGAUCUAUGUGGCAUUGAAUGCCUGGCGGCUGAUCGAGGGCAGUCGCGCAGUCGAUGAAUUGGAUUCGACAUGGCUCUUCUUGAAAUGGAUCUUCGUUGACGGACUCUUCCUCUUCGGCCUUCAGAUACUGAGGAUACCUUGGUUGGAAUGGGCAUUCCCGACGACGUUAGCGGUCUUUCUGCUCCAUGCUGCUGCUAAUGUGUUUCUGAUGUUUCGGAUACCGCUUCCGCUGGGAACAUGGAUUGCUGGCAUGGUAAAAGUGGCAUACGACAGGGAAUUAUCGAUCUCGGAGCGGAAAGUCAAACCAGCAGACAUUCUGCAUAAUGCAUCUCUGAUUCUGGGAAAGCAGAUCGUUCACAUUCUACCUGAGGGGUCUGCUUCACUAAAUCCAGAUCGAAUUCCACUGUGCAUUGACUCUGCACGAUCCUCUGUCACCUUGCCCAUCCGGAUCAAUCAGACCAAUCCCAUUGCUAUCGAGCUCUUGCGUUUUGACCUCUCAACCGGCGAAAAUGAGACCGUGGUUAUUCCGUCGAAGCAACUAAAGCAACUAAAACGUCAGGCAGACAAGAGGCGCACUGCUUCGGAUGCGGAAACACAUCGCGACCUCCUUCUUCCGGUCAAGAAAACCGGCAUCUAUCGCCUGCAGAAAGUUGUGGAUGAAUCAAAGCUCGAAGUGCGAACUCGGUCUUUGAAUUCUCUAGUGGCCUCGUGUCCCAAAGCCCAUAUUAAAAACACGCAAACACACAAGUGCAGGGGAGAGCUCUCGGACCUCAUGUUAGAGGUGGAGGGGAUUCCUCCGCUGAAAAUCAAAUAUAGUCGGAAAGUGAACCAACUUGAUCGCGGUUUCUCUUUCCAAAGUAUCCAGCCGGAGAAUUCACACUCGUCAGUGGUCAAAUCGGAAGACACCCCUACGCAGCAUCCUGUGCUCGAUUUGUCCUGGGCUCACAGUCAGAAAAUUGAGGUGCCUCUGAAUGAAUCGCUCAAUGUGUACGGUCAAUGGUUCUACGCAAUUGAAGAAGUCCACGACGCCUACGGAAACGUUGCGAAUUACUCGCAUCUAGAUGAAGCGGAUAGACCCCUGACCAAGACAGCCCCCCAGUGGCAUCAAUUUUCUGUCCACGAGAGACCACGCAUUUCACUUCAUGGGUGCAACGAGCAGCGUCCUCUGGAGGUCGCGAAGGAUGAGACCGUAGAGCUUCCUAUCCAGUUUCAUGCGUCUGGCGAAGCCUAUGGACAGGACGCGCCUUUCACUCUGGCAUAUUCUUUCAAUCAGGCUGAUGCUGAAAACGAUGAACAACCUACAAAAAGUCGACAGGUAUCAUUGCGGAAUCUUGCACACAAGCCUCGCAUAAGGGACCCGGGCUGGUACAGCCUCAAGGCAAUUUCUAGCCAAUUCUGCUCUGGAGAAGUCCUCGAACCGUCGUCCUGUCUGCUGCACAACCCUCCUGAACCAGAGCUAACAGUUAGACACGAGAAGGUUUUUGACAAAUGUGCGAAUAAUGCUGUCGGAAUAGUCGCUGAUUUGGAUCUGGUUGGAUCUCCACCAUUCCGCCUUCGGUAUAAUAUCGAAUCUUCAAAGGGAGUAGAGACGCGCUUGCAGACUAUCGACUCACUGAGGGGUCGGCUCGAGCUUACGCCCUCCGAAGCUGGCCAUUACAAGUACCGCUUUUUGGAUAUCGCAGACAGUGUUUAUGAGCCUCGAUCCUUGAAAGACAAAGUUCCUGUAUUGGAACAGGACGUGAAGCCUCCUGCGUCUGCUCAUAUUGUUGGAUCAAAGCAAGUGCGCAAGGCAUGUUUCGGAGAGCCGAUCUCUGUUGACGUCUCAUUCAUCGGCGAGUCACCCUGGAAUCUCGAGUAUGAAGUUGUCCACAACGGUCGAAAGACAAAACAUGUCCUCAAGAGUGAAAGUGAAAUGGCGACGAUCGUGACCGACAAGCUUGUUAGUGGUGGAGCCUAUACUCUCGCGCUGACAAGCGUCAAGGACAAGUCCAAUUGCAAGCGAGUCCUCAAGGACGAAAUUAAAAUCGAGGCUCGCUCGAAGAAACCACACGUUGCUUUUGGCCAGAUCGAUAGGGCGAGGAAUGUCCAAGCGCUAGAAGACGCGACUGUCGAACUUCCCGUCAGACUCGGUGGUGAAGGGCCCUGGCAUAUCAAAUACAAGAAUAUAGCCGCGGAGUCCUCACCGGUCAUUGAGAAGACACUGUGGAACGAGAACAGCGUCAUUUCCGUUCGGGAAGAAGGUCGCUAUGAACUCCUUGAGGUAAUGGAUGCUUCAUGCACCGGUACAGUCGAACAGUCAGCAAAGGUGUUCGACGUGUCUUGGAUUCCUCGACCUAGCAUUACCGCUGUCGAUGGUUCUCCUGCGCAUGAUGGUCCGAUCGCAAAACGUGAUGUUUGUGAGGGUGACACUGACGCUCUUGAACUGAGGUUUUCUGGUUCACCGCCAUACAGUCUCCGUUAUGAACAACAACGGAAGAGCCAAGCUGGCGGAAGCUCUGCCCGUGUUAAGACAUUAAGAUCUGCUCUCAAUCUGGCAACCGUGGAGCUAGACACUAAGGAAGCUGGAUCUUAUACAUACAAAUUCGCGGAGAUCAGCGAUAGCCUGUAUGACCAGGGCAAAAAGGGACGGGACCCUCUUGUUGUCACACAGCGAGUCAAUCCUCUUCCUUCUGCGCGCUUUGAAUCGCCUGGUCAUAUUUAUGGCUUCUGUAAGGAAGAGGCAGACGGGGAGGAAUCAAUCCCUGUCAUCCUGGAAGGCACCCCUCCGUUCUCGAUGGAGAUCUUGAUCAAGCACCAUUCAAGUGCGAAGCCGGAAGUCGUGUCUAUUGCUAACAUCAACUCAAACCGACACAAUCUUCCUAUACCACGUCGCCACCUUGACCUGGGCCAGCAUGUUGUCAGCAUUCACAAGGUCCGGGACGCACGUGGAUGUCAGCGUAUCACCGAAUUUGAUGCCUCCUCAGUUAGGGUUGCCGUGUCUGAUGUACCCACGAUUAUCCCGCUCGAGUCACAAGUUGAUUACUGUGUUGGAGAACGCAUCUCUUUCUCCCUCUCUGGCCACGCACCAUUUGAGGUGUUUUACACCUUUGACGGAGCUCAGAAGAAGGCCACCUCUCACUCGACCAAUUUCCGUCGGAUAGCUGAGAAGCCAGGUCAAUUCACCGUAACUGCAGUAAGUGAUGGGGCUAGCGGCAAGUGCAAAGCACACAAGAAUAUCACCAAGGUCAUACACGAAAUGCCCAGUGUCAGGAUAAGCAAGGGCCGAGUUUCUGUGAUCGAUAUCCAUGAAGGCGGAGAAGCCGAUCUUAACUUUGAGUUUUGGGGAACGCCGCCAUUUGAAUUCACUUAUACAAGGAGUUCAAAUCCUCAAAGAGGAAAGAAAUCGCAAAUCUUGGAUAUCAAACACGAUAUCUCCUACGAACACACAAAGACAAUCAAAGCCUCUGACGAAGGCACGUACGAGGUUGUGGCCAUCAAGGACAAGUUCUGCUCCUUUUCUAAACAAGAAGGGGCAGGGAAGCCCGGAUGGGGAGGGAAACAAUUGCAGAAAUCGAAGAAAUAAUGGAAUAGGCGGAAAGAAAGAAUUCCCUGUUUUGAAAUCUAUUUUGUCUAGCAUGUACAUGGCGUUAUGAUGAAUGAUUGAUUACAAUUAUCCGAAGA